GGAAAAACCCCGAUGCUAGUUUAUUAUCAUCGUUUCCAUGAGCGCAGUGCGGAAUAUCGUAGAAGCCUCCACUGAAAGGAUGCAUGCCUGGACACGAGCCGCAUUCUUUGCUGGUUUUGUUUUGCUCAUCGUCGGAACACAUGGUCAAGGUGUGAAUGCUGCAGCUCCUCCUCUAUGCCCGCAGUUUUCCCCACCAGCGGGAGACUGUCCAGAGGACUCGGUGAUACAUCAGUGUGAUCCGUCCCAAUGCAAGGCUCAACGUGGAACAUGUUGUCCAAUGCCUUGUCAAGGCGUCGUAUGCCUUGAGACAUUCACGCCGCCCGGCUUGUCCAAAGCUCACAAGACCUGCUGAAUGAAAAUAUUGCCAGAAUGUUCCCUCUGCAAACCAAUGUCUUAUCGUACGAUGCUUAUUUUGCGUAAAGCGUUUUUCUAUGGGUUAUCACACUGUGUUAUAUACCAAAUAAGUGUGCCUUGAUUGUUUGGUACCUGGAGAUGACAGGCCGAAAUAUACCUGUCUUUAGGUGCUGAUUCAUAGGCUAGAUAUCAGUGUCCAACUAAAGAAAAAGAUGGGACCUCACAAGGCGGGCUACCGCUAUUGCCAAGGUGCCGAUUGCUGUUUCUUUUCUGCUAAACCCGACAUGUAUCACGUGGUUAUGUGAGAUGCCGUUCUUCCUGUUUACAAAUAAAUGACGUCAGAUGGUACAACAG